CACUCCGUCGCUCCUUUUAAACUCCACUCAGAGUUCCGAUAUUUCCGACAGCACUUUAAGGCAGCACCGGUUAGAAGUUCAUCGCGUCGCUCCGACACAAACAACCCUGCUCAGCAAACAAAGUGAGGGUAAACAAAUAUGAAACGUCCCGGAAAUGUAUUAACAGCGGUUUCAACAACGUUUGCUCUUCUGCUUUGCCUGUAUUCAGUCAGAGGCGACUACUGUGAGGUGAAUCUUUGCCAUAAUGGAGGAACAUGUGUGACAGGGGUAGGAGACGAUCCGUUCAUCUGCAUCUGUACGGAUGGCUUCGGAGGAGACACCUGCAACCUGACAGAGAUAGGACCCUGCAGUCCUAACCCCUGUAAGAACGAUGGGUCUUGCGAGAUCAUUGCUCCAACCAGGCGAGGAGACGUUUUCAACGAGUACAUCUGCAAGUGCCAGCCUGGCUUCGAGGGAGCUCACUGCCAGAUCAAUGUGAAUGACUGUGCCAAUCAGCCCUGCAACAAUGGAGGGACAUGUCGAGAUCUGGAUGGAGACUACACCUGCCAAUGUCCCUCACCGUAUGUUGGAAAGCAGUGCCAGCUCCGUUGCAUUUCCCUGCUGGGGAUGGAGGGGGGAGCAAUCGUGGAGUCCCAGAUUUCAUCUUCCUCUGUGCACUAUGGCAUUCUGGGUCUUCAGCGUUGGGGCCCCGAGUUGGCCCGACUCAACAACCAAGGCAUCGUAAAUGCCUGGACGUCAGCCUCCCAUGACAGGAACCCCUGGAUAGAGAUUAAUAUGCAGAAGAAGAUGCGUCUGACGGGCAUCAUCACGCAGGGUGCCAGUCGCAUGGGCACAGCUGAGUAUAUCAAGGCCUUCAAGGUGGCGAGCAGCUUUGAUGGCAACGCUUACACUACUUACAGAGCAGAUGGCCAACGGAGGGACAAGGUUUUCGUAGGCAACACAGACAACGACAGCACAAAGACCAACUUUUUUGACCCUCCUAUCGUGGCACAGUACAUCCGCAUAAUCCCUGUGAUUUGCCGCAAAGCCUGCACACUGCGCAUGGAGCUGGUGGGCUGUGAACUCAAUGUUUAUUCAAACACGGCAGGUUGCUCAGAGCCUCUGGGAAUGAAGUCUCGCCUCAUCUCAGACGGACAGCUUACAGCCUCUAGCACUUACCGCACGUGGGGCAUCGACACCUUCACGUGGCACCCUCAGUUUGCCCGACUGGAUAAGCAGGGAAAGACCAACGCCUGGUCUCCUGCCCACAACAACCGCUCAGAGUGGUUCCAGGUCGAUCUGGAGAAGACAAAGCGCCUCACAGGCAUCAUCACUCAGGGGGCCAAGGACUUUGGGGUGGUGCAGUAUGUGUCAGUGUUUAAAGUUGCUUACAGUAACGAUGGACAGUCAUGGAGUGUGGUGAAGGAGGAGAACACCGGCAAAGAUAAGCUUUUCCAAGGCAACAUUGACAACAACACCCAUAAGAAGAAUGUAUUUGAGCCUCCGUUCUAUGCCCGAUAUGUCCGGGUCGUCCCCUGGGAGUGGCACGAGCGCAUCACUCUACGCAUGGAGCUGCUGGGCUGCGAUGACUAGAAACUCAUCAGUCACCAUCUAACAGUGCUCCAUCCUCAUCCAGUCACUCCAUCUCCUCAAACCACAGCAGAGGAGAGGAUCUUGAACAGAGUCAUCUGUUCUGUACUCCAUUUGUUUCUCUGGAUAAAGAUCCCGUUGGCUGCUGGGACUGUAACACUCAUAGCACUUUCUGACUAGAGACUUUUUCAUGUUCAUGUUAAUAGAAUUGUUUGACUUUGCUCACACAGAAUCUUCUAUGAAGUAUCCAUGUUUUUAAUUUUAAUAGCUUCAGAUAUAAACAACAUUUGCAUAGAUUAGCUGCUCAGGUUUUCAGGUUCUCUUAAGUCUGGAGAUUUGUUAUAGCGCUCUUCGCUUCUUCCAGUUGUGCUCCAAGCUAAAUAGCCUGUUUUAAACCGUUUUCUGUUCUUCCUUUGCAGUCACACACCAGUUAACUUUUAACUGUUGAUUUUUUUGUAGUUGUAAGUCUGUAGAGGACACCUCUGCACAUCACCCAACUGCUGUUUUGUUACUCAAAGCACAAAAUAGUAUGAUAACACAGUAAAUAGAGUAUAUUGUGGCAUUUCCAGCUAUCCUGAAAGAGAUAAUGUGUCCAAGAGUAUAAAUGUAAAACUUAAAAUGAUGGAAUUACAAACUUUUGUUGUCAUUUUUUUUUACACAUUUUAGCAGGUUUUUCCGCUUCAUCCUUACAUAUAAUUUCAUUUUAAUUUAAUCCUUUUUACAACAAAUGUGAAAUAUUUAGGAAAAUGUGUAGAAAAUAAACAUUGUUUUACAUUUUUUUGUAUUCAUUGUUG